UCCAGAGGUUUUAAAAUUGAAAUUUGGUCGCUCGUAGAAAUAUUCAGUGAAAUGUUAUUGGAAGAAAGCUACAAACAUAUCCGAAGAAAUCAUUCGAAAUUGCUGGAUUUUUGUCCCGACAUCAGGGUAGCGGACCCCGUAAAAAAUCCCCCCAACACUGCCGGACUGCGAAAGGGUCUGAGAGAUGAUAUUCUGCGCAUACGAACCGUCCAUGGCUUGGAACGCAUUUUCCAGUGGACUUCUCCGAGGCUUGAAAAAAUCUUGGUAUUCCUGGUUUUCUUCUCGGCCAUUUAUUUCUAUGUCCGCAUUACCUCCAGCAUUGCCUAUGUGUUUCGCUAUAAGCCAAUGCAAACAGUCAUCUCGGAUCUCCAUUAUCCGAUCUAUAAAAUUCCCUUUCCCGAGAUUACCAUUUGCAAUCAGAAUCGCCUCAACUGGCAGCGUUAUGACGAGGCUAAGGAGAGAUUUCUGCAACCGGAACAUCUGACCGACGAGCAUGAGGAGAUUUUUCGCCAGGCUGUCAAUGCCUAUGACACAAUGCGUUUUGGCCAUUUCCAGAGUUUGCAACAUCUGGCCGAACUCUCGGCCGAGAAUCCCCGAUUGCUGGACGACCUGAACUACAUCAACUUGACCAAAGUCGUUGAGUUCAUGGCCUGGAAAUGCCAUGAAAUAUUCUCCGACUGUUCCUGGCUGAAUGCCAGCCAGGAUUGUUGUAAAAUAUUUACCCAGCGCAAGUCGCAAAAGGGUCUGUGUUUGUCGUUCAAUACCAUCGAGUCGAAAGAGGGUGCCAUUAAACAUCUGCUGGAUCCCUACUAUCCGUGGCAUGUGGCGGGUUAUGGGUCAUCCAGUGGCCUCUAUGUUGACAUUCACAUUCGGGAGGGAUGGCAUUCGCCAUUGAGUCACAACGUCAAGGGGAUUUUGGUUAUGCAUACGGAACCCUAUGUUUGGUCCUAUCUGCAUCGUGAGGUGCCCACUAAUACCAGGACAUUAAUAUCCAUAGAUGCCUUUUUGAGGACUCAUCACCCGGACACAAGGUUCUAUUCGAAUGACAUAAGGCAAUGUGUGUUUGAGGACGAACUCAGCAGCCUCUACUACAAAUCUCUGCCAAAACGCAAAUACAUGUACGAAAAUUGCCAGGCCCAAUGUGAACAGGAGUACACCAUGAAAUUUUGCAAUUGUACCGUGGACCUAUUCUACCCGCCGGCACGUUUUCCCCCUUGUCGUCUCAAGGACCUGCCAUGUCUAUAUCGGAAUGAUGAAAAACUAAAGGUCUUCGAGCAAAUUGGUGAAAUGGAUUUUGUAAAAUUCUCACGGGGCGGCAUGUACUGUCCCUGUUUCAUGAACUGCAAAUCGUUGCGUUAUCUGAGCGAUUUUCGGGUACGAAAUAUACCCGAGCUUGAGCUGGAACACAACGACAGCCGGAUUGAGUUGGCGGUGUUUUUCCUCUCGGACACAAUUAUGGUGUAUCAAACGAAACCGGUGUAUACCUUGUUCGAUUUGAUGGCCUCUUUUGGUGGUUUGGCCGGCCUAUGCAUGGGUUGUUCCCUCAUUGGAAUCAUCGAAUUUUUGUAUUUUUUCAUAAUCGACCUGACCAAGCAUUGUUUUAGGUAUUUCAAAUCGACAGGAAGGAUACGGACCACGAACCAGGGUAUGAAAACCAAGCACAUUAGUGUUAAGGAAUGUCAGUUGUAUUAAAAAGAGAAAAAUAAAAAUUGUCGAUGUCGCACAAUUUUA